UUUGGCUAGAAAUACAAUUUGUUUACCAUUAAAAAAUAAAAAUUUUUGAGCUGGUACGCCAUCUCUUGAUAGAUUUUAUAACUAGAUGAUGCUGUGGAAGUUAGUAUGCUUAUGCAUUCUUCUUCUGUUUCAAUGUAAUUACCAUUUUUAAAGUACUUUAACGGUGAGGAUGCUGUGAAGCAUCAUUGGUAAUCGCUUCACGAAAAAAAUCGUUUACUAAGAAAUAGGGGUAUUGCUGGAUAAAAUGGCAAAUACAAAUGUCAAAUCAAUAGCGCAACAAGGCCAGCACAUUUUGCAGUACACUUAUCUACUCCGUUCCAGUAACGCCUCAGUCAGCGUCCUGAUCUGAAAACGUUGAAGAAUAUUCCUCGGAACGCCCCUCAUAUAAUAAUUUUAUAUGGAAUGAACCACGUGACCAACUAUAGGAAUUAAUAACGAGACGCCGUCAGCUAUCUGACUAAACGAGAUAUGUGGUUUAAAGCUGCUAGAAGUUUACAGGCAAAUCCUGAUGCUGGUAGACCAAAAUUGGUUAAAUUCAAGGCGAGGAAAGGAGAUAGAAGAUCCAGCGGAAGAGUUGUAGUUAAACAGAAACUGUUAAAAGACAGUGACAGGGGCAAGCAAACCGAACAAUCGCAACAUGACAAACUGCUAGAACAUGAAGACGAUGGAAGCGAUAAGGAAGAAGCCUACCCAAAAGAAAUAAUAAUAAGUGUUGAAGAUGAAAAGUAUAAUUUGGAAUAUACCAUUAAAUCUGAUGGAAUUCAAUUAUUUAAACCCCAACCAAAUUUGGACGGACAGAUGUACGUUGAAGAGCCAACUGCAUCAAAAAUUCGAAUACUAAGAAUAUGCGCUAGUGUACUCGCUCAUAUUGUGUUUUUUACAGCUUUAUCCAUUCUACUUGUCGCAUAUAAAUCUACUUAUGAUGAAACCAUAAAAUGUACAAAAAAAUAUAAUGACACGAGGGAAAUAAAAGACAAGGAUGAGCUAUCAUUACAAGAGCAUGAAAACGAUCCGAACUGGAAUUGUAUAACGGUUCGUAAAUGGCAGAAGAACGCAAAGAUAUCGAUAAUUGUACCCAUGUGGAUACUCCUUGCCACAUCUUAUGUUGUCAUCGUUAUAGAAUCUUACUUCUCCGAUACAAAGUAUUAUACAAGUGAAAUUUACGAUACGGAGAGAGCACUUCAAUUCAUACAGAAUAUGAAAAAGAAAAAUGCACAUAUUAUAUGGCGUGCUGAAUGUUUUCACUUUGAAAAACAGGAUUCGACUUGUAGUAAGAGGCGUAAAGUAAUUACUCAAAAAUUAGAAAAAAGGUUCCAAUACGAGAUCUGCUUAGAUCUAUCUGGGGAUUUUCCUGGAUUUUGGUCAAAUAGGAUUACCAGGGUCAAGUUAACUUGCUCUUACGGAUUUGUAGAUGAGAGCAUUCAGCAGGCCUAUAAAAAUCAGAGGGAGGAAUUUAAUAGGGAAUGCCAUGAAAUUGAUGAGCACGUUUACUUGCACGAGAUGUAUGAAAUAUCUGGUUUUAAAGACAAACUUGUUGUUUAUCCGGAUAGAGUUAAUCUUCCAUUUUGCCUUAAUGAAACUUUUUAUUGGAUAUUUGUGCUUUGUCUGCUUGGUGCACCAUAUCGGUUUUGGUUUAAGCUUUCAACACAUCAUGAAAAAUUUAUGAUUGUGAAAUUAUUAGGCUUGAAACGACAAAAAGAAGAAAUGAGUGAUGCUAUGUAACAACUUCAUUCACCUACUUCUAUAUAAUUAUUAUAUAAACUAUGCCAUAGGUAACUAAUAUUUAACUUCCAUCAGUGUACUAAAUUGUGGUAUAUAUACACACAUAUGUAUUUCAAAAAUUUGUAUAUAGCUAUGUCUUUUAUUGUCUAUUUUCUUUUUUUAUAAGUUGUAAGGAAACGUUGUAUAUAAAAGUAAAAGUUAUGAAAAAUAUUUUUUGUGUAGAUUCUUUCUAUUUGUUUCAUAAUUCCUCCUCUUUUCUUCGGUUUUCUUUAUAUUUUUGACACUUAAAAAAUUGCGAAAGUGAGUAGAGCGGGUAGAGAAAAAAAAUGAAUGUCACUUUUGUUUCUAGAAAGAGUGCUUCAAAAAAGCUAAUAGUAGAUGUCGCCACUAGUUUAAGAGAACUAACUAAAUUUUCAUUAUCGAUUAAUUUCUUUUUUGUCAAAGUCCCUUUAGUUAAUUGAAAAAUGGCUGUUAAUGUCAAAUAUUGCUUUUUAAGACGCAAUGG